AUGGAACCAAGCUACAACAACAGCUACAGCCACUACUACGGCGGCUGGGACGACGACGACGACGUCGUCCCCUUCGCCUGUGCUCCUCCUAGCCUCCCUGCGGCUUCUAGUGGUAAUACCUACUCCAAAUCCUCUACGGCCGCUGCCGCCGUUUGCGAGCCCACCUCCUCGCAUUCCCCUCUCGCGCCUUGCGCCGCCGGUGGGCAGCUGCUGCUUCGGUUCGGUGGCGACGAGGUCGACGAUUCCUUCAGCGUUCAGGACGAUGGGAACGGGAUGUGCAUAGAGCCGUUUAGCGCCCUCGGGGGGAUGGGGGCCGCCUCCAUCUCCACGGCCACCGGCAGCAGCAGCUGGUCGGCGCAGGCGAAGCACCACGAGGUCAGGUCGACCACGACCACCAGAGCUGCUGCAAACGGGCCUAGCGCCGGCAGCAGCGAGGAGGAGGUCCCGCAGCUCAUCGGCGUGCGGAAGCGGCCGUGGGGCAAGUUUGCAGCUGAGAUAAGGGACUCCACGCGCAAUGGCGCCCGCGUCUGGCUCGGCACCUUCGACACCCCCGAGGCCGCCGCCCUCGCCUACGACCACGCCGCCUUCGCCAUGCGCGGCCACGCCGCCGUGCUGAACCUCCCCGUGCAGCGGGUGCGGGAGUCGCUGCGCCAGCUGGGGAUCAGCGCCGCCGCUGGAGACUCCCCGGUGCUGGAGCUUAAGCGGCGCCACUGCAUGCGCAAGCGCUCGCUUAAGAACAAGAAAGCGGCCGGCAUGGAUCAGCUGCCGGCGGCGACAACGAGCCGCGGCAAUAACAAUCAAAGCCAGCCGCCGCAGGAACAACGCUGCGUGCUGGAGCUAGAGGACCUGGGAGCUGACUACCUGGAGGGGCUGCUCGCCUUAUCCGAUUGUUCAUCGCAACCUGCUUCAUUUACCUAG